CACACAGUGUGCCUAAGCAAACCAAUCUUCAGCCAAGUAUCUCGAACCUCUUAAAACUGGAGCUACUGUACCAGCUAUCAAGGAUCUAGAUUCCCCUGGGAUUGGCAUAAAUACUGAUCGACCACAGACUCCUCAAUUCGGAUUGCAGCCUGGCCAUGCACCGCUAGCACAGUUUGCAACUUCUUGGAAGAAGUAAAGAAGGGGAAAGCACGGUGUCAUCCAGGAGAGAAGGGACAACUAUUUGAAUGAAGUCAAAUGAAACGUAACAACUCGCGCCUAAAAUGGAUUGUGUGCAUGUGAGUUUGUAACUGAAAGACGUCAGUGGAAGGCAAACCAGCAGGUUUGAAAAGUUUCAUGCUUUCUUACUUUGAAAGAUACAUAUCGUUACAUUGCAUCUUCGUGGAAUAUACUGCAAUAACUGUCAUUGGGGGGAGACAAAUAAUGAUUUUGGACCGUGUUUUCCUGUUCAACUGAGACAUGGAGUUGUGAACGAUUCUCUCAACAAUCCUAUGGGAACAUUUGAAAAUGCCAAGAGAGCGUAGGUCCUGAUGCCGGGAUAACUGAAGAGAUAAAUAUACAAAAAAGAACUUUUGGAAUAUCUUACUGGGACUUCAAAUUCAACAACCGCUGCUAAAAGUUUGCAUUUCAACUCAUGGAGUUUGCUGUUUAGUUUGGAACUUAUCAAACUUGAACUCCUGUCAAAUCACAAUUUAAGCGCAGUGCGUAAAACUAAAAUACACUAAGACAGGCUUUGUCCCCGGGCUGUGACAUUGCAAACAUUUAAAAACUGCACCUCGCUUUCGAACAAUUUUGGAUCUGUUCUUUCUGGUAAACACGGACCUAUAGAACACUUCAUUCCAGGCAAUACUCUCGCGCCAGCUCCUGUCAUCUAGUCUAGACAAUUUGUCGUGGCGUUGAGUGCCUCGGUUACCAUGACGACCACCAGAAAACCGAUGUGAAUUUUGGAGAAAAUACUAAAAAGUUAAGGAGAACGAGAGUGUGAAAGGGGGACGUUUCAAGACGAAUUGCAGUCCUGGGAGGAUUAUUGUCUCAAUGAGAGAAGGUAUAGCAAUAGUGAGAAAAAAAAUUGGAAGCAUUUAGAAGCAGAUCUGGUGAUCUCCAAAAAGACAGCCUUCUGCUCCAUGUCAUUCAAACCCGACUUGGUCUAUUAAAAGUGUCGUCUUGCCUGUGCUUUAACGUCAACUAUUUAUGAACCUCCCGAGCACCCAACUUCAAAGUGCAUAACCAUUGUGAAAAUACCUGAAUACAGCAGAAGUAAUACAACAUAAGUAUGGGGUUUUCUCAGGCGCUUCUCGUGUACGUUUUCGUGUCCAUACACCUUGGUGUUUCUCAACAUUUUCUUCGACUGCGCCCUUCGCCCAGCGAACAUCUCCCAGUGCCUGAUCUCAAAGAGGACCCUGACCCGGAGUACGAUCCACGCGAACAGGACCUUGUCGAGAGAACUCUGAGGAAAAGGCUCGGCAGUUAUUUUGAUCCCAAUUUCAUGUCCAUCAGCUCCCCGGUGUCGGUGAAUCAGUCCGUCCAAGAGACACAAGUGAAGCUGCCUGGACCGAUACCCAACGAAAUAAAAAAGCUGGACCUCUCCGAGACUCCUUACGGGAGACGGGUUAAAGUUGGCAAAAAAGCGCGCAGGAAAUUUCUGCAGUGGCUGUGGACGUACACGCACUGUCCGGUUGUGUACUCCUGGAAGGACCUGGGAGUGAGGUUCUGGCCACGCUACAUCAAGGAAGGCAACUGCUUCAAUGAGCGCUCUUGUUCGUUCCCAGAAGGGAUGUUUUGCAAGCCCAUCAAGUCAAUCACCAAGACUUUCCUCCGGUGGUAUUGCCAAGGAUUUUUAAGACAGAAAUAUUGUACGUGGAUAACGGUGCAGUACCCAAUCAUCUCAGAAUGCAAGUGUUCUUGCUGAGUUUCUAUGGAAAGGGGGAGGGGGAACGGACUGGAAUACGGUUUCUAUUGCACUGUAAACUUUCAGAACAGAGAUGGGCUAUCGUGUGAUAUCGAAGGACACCAUAGCGAAUCUAUUUUUAUAUAUAGCAUUUUAAUAAAAAUACCAACAUUGUACAUAUUUAAGAUAAAAAUGCAGCUAUUUUUUUUAAUGAACAGGACCAUAUUUUAUUUCAGCCCUAAAACGUGUUUUGGGGGAACGCAAGCACUUCGAAAGGAAGGGCUUUUAUUUUUUAUGAAAAAAAAAAGAAGAUGGAAUGCAUAAACUUCUCCAAGAAGUUACUUUUUUCAACAGAACAUUAAUGCUGACUGAUCAAGAUCUUUCACUGCAAAAUGCUGCCUAGGUUUUUGUAUAAUAUUAAUAUUAAUAAUAAUUGGAAAAGUUGAGGUUAAAAAAUAUAUAAAGGCGUGAACUCAGCUUUUGGAAUACAUAUAGUAUUGUAGAAAGGUUAAAACAAAUCUGUACAAUUUAUUUAUUAUUUUAACGAUUGUGAGUAUAGAACAUAAGGAAAAUAGAAGAGUAUACCAGUAAUUAUGGGAGAUGUCUACUUGAAUAUUUCUAAAAUAAAAGGAAACAUAUCAGUGUAAAUGUAAUGGUUACACGUUUUAGCAAUAAAGUCUAUCUUUUAAACAUGUAA